ACUGUGCCCAAUAAACACUUGUUACCAUUUUAAUACAGCGAGUUUGAACUUUGAAGUUUGAACUUUGAACGGUCAAAAGCGAAGAGAACCAGACUACAGCACACUUCACCCAUUUUUCUAUUUUUUUAUUUUCGAUUUACUCGAAAAUACACAUAUUUUAAAAUAUAAAAAAAUUAGAAUGGGUUUUCUUCUUUGACUGUCACCAGCGCAUUAUAGCACACCACACAAAAAAGCAGAGAACAACUGUUCCUCACACAAAUCCAAACACGCCAUGGAUCUAACUUUCUCAUCCUCCUAACCUUCGUUUUUGCAAUCAGCCUCCUUCGUUUUCGUUCCAAACGGUGAAUGAGUGGUUUUUGAGCAGUUGAAAGAGAAGGGGAUUCAGUGACGAUGACAUCGGUUGGUGUGGCACCAACCUCAGGUUUGAGAGAAGCUAGUGGCCAUGGAGCAGCAGGUGUUGAUAGAUUGCCUGAGGAGAUGAAUGACAUGAAAAUUAGGGAUGAUAGAGAAAUGGAAGCCACAGUCGUUGAUGGCAAUGGAACGGAGACAGGACAUAUCAUUGUGACUACGAUUGGGGGUAGAAAUGGUCAGCCGAAGCAGACUAUAAGCUAUAUGGCAGAACGUGUUGUAGGGCAUGGAUCAUUUGGAGUUGUGUUCCAGGCUAAAUGCUUGGAAACUGGUGAAACUGUGGCUAUCAAAAAGGUUCUUCAAGACAAAAGGUAUAAGAACCGGGAGCUGCAAACAAUGCGCCUUCUUGAUCACCCGAAUGUUGUCUCUUUGAAGCAUUGUUUCUUUUCAACCACUGAGAAGGAUGAACUAUACCUUAAUUUGGUACUUGAGUAUGUUCCUGAAACAGUUCAUCGUGUGAUCAAACAUUACAACAAGCUGAACCAAAGGAUGCCACUGAUAUAUGUCAAACUCUAUACAUACCAGAUCUUUAGGGCAUUAUCAUAUAUUCAUCGUUGUAUUGGAGUCUGCCAUCGAGAUAUCAAGCCUCAAAAUCUACUGGUCAAUCCACAUACUCACCAGGUUAAAUUAUGUGACUUUGGAAGUGCAAAAGUCUUGGUAAAAGGCGAACCAAAUAUAUCGUACAUUUGUUCUAGGUAUUAUAGAGCACCUGAGCUUAUAUUUGGAGCUACUGAAUAUACUACAGCUAUUGACAUUUGGUCUGUUGGUUGUGUUCUAGCUGAGCUGCUGCUUGGACAGCCUUUGUUCCCUGGUGAGAGUGGAGUUGAUCAGCUUGUUGAGAUCAUAAAGGUUCUGGGCACUCCAACAAGGGAAGAGAUUAAAUGCAUGAACCCUAAUUAUACAGAAUUUAAAUUCCCACAGAUUAAAGCACAUCCAUGGCACAAGAUCUUCCAUAAGCGCAUGCCUCCAGAGGCUGUUGAUUUGGUAUCAAGACUACUACAAUACUCCCCUAACCUGCGGUGCACAGCUUUAGAUGCGUUGACACAUCCUUUCUUUGAUGAGCUUCGUGACCCAAAUACUCGCUUGCCAAAUGGUCGUUUUCUUCCACCACUAUUUAAUUUCAAAUCUCACGAACUGAAGGGAGUCCCAGCUGAGAUUUUGGUGAAAUUGGUUCCAGAGCAUGCAAGGAAGCAAUGUCCGUUUCUUGGCUUGUGAUAUGUCGUGAAAUGUAACAAAUCUGCCAGUGUUGUUUCCAUAUGAGAAUGCUACGCAUUCGUUCAAUUCGAUAUAUUUGUUCGUAUCUUUGUUGUAAUCGGUUGCCUUGUAAAAGCAGAUUUAGAGAUACAUGCUACUACUCAUUAUUACCCAACCCUCGAUGGGUAUGCAGAAUACCCUGUUUCCUGUAUCACAGCAGAUUGUAACAAGCAAUAGAAGACACGUCUGCAAUUAUCUAAAUGUUGUAUUUGUUGAGACAAUGAUGGGUGGUUGGCUUAAUUUAGUUAAUGGUGGUUGGAAGUUGUAAUGGCCUUGUCUGUCGGCAUGUUAAUUUUUCACGCUGUCGGUAAUAUCUGGUGAAAGGACAUGGGACCAAGUCUCGGUGCUUGUCUGUAAUAGAUAACUGGGUUGAGAAAUACUAGUAUUAAACUACUCCAUAAAUGGAAGUGAUCGUUGUUAGUGUAAUAAAAACAGGUCAGGAAGGUUUGUUCUGUUUCUCUUUUUUUUUUUUUUUCUAAAAUAUCAUGGUUGUGAUGUCUGAGAGGACUUGGGUCAACACUGUUGAAAAACUUGUAUAGGCAAGCACGACUCUUUGUUAUGGUACAAGGGUUAUCCGGGGAAGUAGGUCAAGGUAAUUGUCAUUUCUACUGACAUAAGAAAAUGAGUUAGCACAGUGAACAGACUAAAAUGUUUUGCCGUUGG